CUGCCCUGCCCUGCCUGCUGCCGCCACCCCCUCUCUCUCCCCUUCUUCCUCCUCUCCAACGCCAGCAACACACAGGACGACGUCUUGGCGUUUCUCGCGGCCCUACCCUACCCUACCCUACCCUACCCGGUGUCCAGUCCAGUCCAGUCCGGGGUCCUCCCCGCUCGUCCGUCGUCUCCUCUUCUCCUGCCUCCUGUGAAGUGAAGAAGGCCAAGGCCAGGACCAAGACGAAGACGAAGAUGGUGGCCGGGUGUCAGAGGCUUCAAUGUUCCCUUCAUCAGAAGCUCGUGCUCGUGGGUGUCCAACUCCAGGAAGCACCACAGGCCGCCAGGGAAGCAGCAAUGGCUUCUUCAGCCUUGCAUUGAUGCGGCACCCAGAGCAAGCAUAAAUAUACCCCUCUCCCUCUCCCUCUCCCUCCCAAGUCUCAAGCUGCUCAUCGCCCUCAUCUCAUCAGCUUCUCCCUCUCUCUUGCUUUCUCCAUCCUGCUCUCUCUCUCUCUCUCUCGGCCUGAGGCCUCUUGCGUCGAUCGGCCAUCUUCGCACUCCAUCCCACCGCCAUGGAGUCCUCCUCUCACAUCACCGGGGAGGACGACGGAGAGGGCUGCAACAGCUGCGAGUCCGGCUGGACAAUGUACCUUGCCUCGCCCAUGCAUAUGCAUGGCCACGCCGGCGACGACGCUGCCGGCAGCGGCAAGAGCAGCGGCAGCCAAGGGAGCAGCGUCGACGACGGCUACGGCUACAUGAUCAGCCGCGGCAACCAGCAGGGCUACCAACAUUACGCCGACGCCGACGACGACGACUCCCUCGCGUCCGAUGCCUCCACCGGCCCAGCUAAAGUGAAGUCGUCGCCAUCGUCGUCACCGCCGGAAUACCAACAACGCCGCAAAGAUGAUGACGAUGACGAUGGAGGGCAUCAUCAUGGUCAUGGCAAGGAGCAGGAGGAGGACGAUGGCGCACGCACAAAGCUCGCCACCAGCUCCCGCAAGAAAGCUGCUGCUGGCAAUGGAGGAGGAGGAGGAGCAGAGGGCAACUCAUCAAGGCGAGGCCACAGCAAGAGAGGCGGCGGCUCUUCAAGGAGAAGCUUCUUCCUCUGGUAAAACAAUACUAUUAUUACUACUAGCUUCGUUUCAUUCACUCUACACCAGUAGCAUGAAUCCUCCUUUAAUUUUCGCCAUUGUUGGUCGAGCUCGAAACCUUGCUUGUUGUUAGAAGAAGAAGAAGCAUCAAGCAAGCACGCGUUCAUUCUGAGGAGAUAGAUCAAUCAAUGGGAAGGCUAUUUUUUUGGCCCUUGUUUUUGCCUUCUCCGUAUGGCCAUCUCCUCCUCUCCUCGUUGACCACCUGUAGUAGGUUCGUUCAUUAGCCAUUGCCAUGUAAAAAAAAAAUCUACUGUAACUUCUGGUCAUUGUUGUUCUUCAGUGCCCUGUGCUUUUAAUGUUGCUUGCAAAUCU